UCCCCAACCCCCCCCUCCCCCGCCCCUCCCACCUCCCCCCCUCCCCCCCUCCCCCCUCCCCUCCCCCUCCCCUCACCCCUCCCCCCUCCCAUGCCCAUCCCCUCUCCCCCCCUCCCAUUCCCCUCUCCCCCCCCUCCCAUCCCCUCUCCCCCCCCCCAUUCCCCUCUCCCCCCCCCCACCCCUCUCCCCCCCCCAUUCCCCUCCCCCCCCCCAUUCCCCUCUCCCCCCCCCAUUCCCCUCUCCCCCCCCCCAUUCCCCUCUCCACCCCCCCCCCCAUUCCCCUCUCCCCCCCCCCAUUCCCCUCUCCCCCCCCCCAUUCCCCUCUUCCCCCCCCCCCCAUUCCCCUCUUCCCCCCCCCCCCCAUUCCCCUCUCCCCCCCCCCAUUCCCCUCUUCCCCCCUCCCCUCUUCCCCCCCCCCCUUCCCCUCCCCCCCCCAUUCCCCUCCCCCCCCCCCCAUUCCCCUCCCCCCCCCCCAUUCCCCUCCCCCCCCCCCAUUCCCCUCCCCCCCCCAUUCCCCUCUCCCCCCCCCAUUCCCCUCUCCCCCCCCCCCAUUCCCCUCUCCCCCCCCCAUUCCCCUCUCCCCCCCCCAUUCCCCUCUCCCCCCCCCCAUUCCCCUCUCCCCCCCCCCAUUCCCCUCUCCCCCCCCCCAUUCCCCUCUCCCCCCCCCCAUUCCCCUCUCCCCCCCCCCCAUUCCCCUCUCCCCCCCCCCAUUCCCCUCUCCCCCCCCCAUUCCCCUCUCCCCCCCCCCCCCAUUCCCCUCUCCCCCCCCCCAUUCCCCUCUCCCCCCCCCAUUCCCCUCUCCCCCCCCCAUUCCCCUCUCCCCCCCCAUUCCCCUCUCCCCCCCCAUUCCCCUCUCCCCCCCCCAUUCCCCUCCCCCCCCCCCAUUCCCCUCCCCCCCCCCCCCCCCCAUUCCCCCCCCCCCCAUUCCCCUCCCUCCCCCCCCAUUCCCCUCCCCCCCCAUUCCCCUCCCCCCCCAUUCCCCUCCCCCCCCAUUCCCCUCCCCUCCCCCCCAUUCCCCUCCCCUCCCCCCCAUUCCCCUCCCCCCCAUUCCCCUCCCCUCCCCCCCCAUUCCCCUCCCCUCCCCCCCAUUCCCCUCCCCUCCCCCCAUUCCCCUCCCCUCCCCCCAUUCCCCUCCCCUCCCCCCAUUCCCCUCCCCCCCCCCCAUUCCCCUCCCCCCCCCCAUUCCCCUCCCCCCCCCCCCAUUCCCCUCCCCCCCCCCCAUUCCCCUCCCCUCCCCCCCCUCUCCCCCCCCCAUUCCCCUCUCCCCCCCCCCCCCCAUUCCCCUCUCCCCCCCCCCCAUUCCCCUCU